AAGAAAACCAGGUGGUUGUCCAGGGCUUUCAUGUCCUCUAUGACUUCCAGGACCACAAGCCCUUUUGCGCCCACCAUGCCUUCUCCAUCUACGAGAUCCUCAAAGCCUAGCAUGUCUAUGGCAUCCACUGGUACCUCGAUGCCCACAGCGUCUCCCAAGUCUCCUCCCUCCUUGAAGACCACUACAUCAGCAAUGCCCACCAAGCCAUCAACAGCCCCCAACUCAGUCACGAGCCCCAGCAGUUCCAAGUCCACCAAAUGGGAAAAUACAACAAAGACAGCCCCUUCUACCCAGCCCAGCAGCAGGUCCAGAGUUCGCAGCAGGGUGAGAACAUCCAGCAAGGCCAGCACUGACACCAAGGCCAGCAAAACCAACAAGGCUGGCAGAGUCAGACGACACCACCGGAAGGGCACACACAGCCGGGGCAGAACUCCUGGCAGAAGGGGAAGACACAACUCCGGGAGGUCACCCAGCAGGGCCAGCACUCUCAGCAGGAUGAGAACUCAGGGUGCCAAACGAGGCACGCCCAGCAAGGUAAGAACCAUUUCCCAGCAAAAACAGAGUGGGAAGAGUUAUAGCCGGACUAGAAAUAUGAGCAGAAAGAAGAGCUAUAGCCCACCAGCGACCUCGGACAUGGGGAAGAGUUCUAGGCUGGCUGUAACCCCCAGUAGGGCAAAGAGUUACAGCCCCACCAGAACUCCCUUCACGGAGAUAGGUUACAGCCCAUCUCCAUCAUCAUUCAGGAGGGUGAAGAGUUAUAGUCAGAUGUUCACCCCAAGCAGGGAACGGAGUUACAACCCAAAUGAAAUGUUCAGCAUGACCAAGAGUUACAACCAGGAUAGUGUAUCCAGCAGGACCCGAAGUCGCAGCCAGUCUAGCACCUCUAGCAGGAGCCGAAGUCAUAGCCGGUCUAGAACACCCAGACAGGCAAGAAGUCGCAGUCGGAAGAGGACCCACAGCAGGGUGAGAAGUCAGAGCUGGCAGAGAAAUCAUAGUAUGGCAAGAAGUCGUAACCGGAAGGAAACUCCCAGCCAGACAAGAAGACACAGCCAGUCUAGAACCCACAGCAAGGGAAAAAGUCAAUACCAAUUUAGGACCCUCGGAAGGGAAAGAAGUCACAGCCCGUCUAGAAGCCCCAGCAAGGGAAAAAGUCAAUACCAGUUUAGGACCCUCGGAAGGGAAAGAAGUCACAGCCAGGCUAGAAGCCCCAGCAAGGAGAGAGAGAACAGAAGAUCCAGGAGCCCCAGCAAGGAGAAAGGUCGCAGAAGAUCUAGAAGCCUCAGCAAGGACAGAGGUCACAGACGAUCUAGAAGCUCCAGUAAGGAAAGAGAUCACAGCAGAUCUAGAAACUCCAGCAAGGAAAGAGGUCACAGACGACCUAGAAGCUCCAGCAAGGAAAGAGAUCACAGUCGAACUAGAACCCCCAGAAAAGAGAGACGUCACAACCGACCUAGAAGCUCCAGCAAAGAAAGAGAUCACAGCAGAUCUAGAAGCUCCAGCAAGGAAAGAGGUCACAGCAGAUCUAGAAGCUCCAGCAAAGAAAGAGAUCACAGCAGAUCUAGAAGCUCCAGCAAAGAAAGAGGUCACAGACGACCUAGAAGCUCCAGCAAGGAAAGAGAUCACAGCCGAACUAGAACCCUCAGAAAAGUGAGACAUCACAGUCGAUCUAGAGACUCCAGCAAAGAAAGAGAUCACAGCAGAUCUAGAAGCUCCAGCAAGGAAAGAGGUCACAGACGACCUAGAAGCUCCAGCAAAGAAAGAAAUCACAGCCAAACUAGAACCCCUAGAAGAGAGAGACAUCACACCCAAUCUAAAACCCCCAGGAAGGAGAGGGGCCGCAGUCGAUCUAGAACCCCCAGGAAGGAGAGUGGUCACAGAGCUGGAACCUCCAGCAAGAGAGAGCACAGCCGGUCUCGAACCCCCAGGAAGGAGAGCAAUCACAGGCGGUCCAGAGCCCCCAGAAGUCCCAGCUGGAAGGGAUCCCCUAGCAGGGUACAAAGUCCCAGUAAGAAGAGAACGCCUGGCGUGGCAAGGAGCCAUUCCCCGUCAAGAUUUCGCAGCAGAGCCUCAAUCCCAAACCAGGAUGACACUCAAGCCAACACCCUCUUUAAAGCCACCUCACCUGGAGAGAGGUCCUCAUCGUCUUCUUCCAAGCUGGCAUAG